ACAAUUCAUUGAUAUAUCAAAGAAGAAAUAUGGGUUUCAAAGGCAAGUUGGUUGCUUCGAUGGAGAUUAAGUGUGGAGGACACUUGUUUCAUGAUCUUUAUCAAAUUAACGCUCAUCAUGUAUCUAACAUAAGUCCCAAUAAAGUCCACAAUUUUAAUAUUCACGAAGGUGAUCAAGAUCUAAAAGUUGGUUCAGUAAUUGGCUGGAAAUAUAAUCAUGAUGGAAAAGUUAAGGUUACUAAGCAACUGAUUGAAGCCGUUGACGAUGAGAAAAAAACAAUUACUUGGAAAGUGUUAGAGGGAGAUACGUUGGAAUUGUACAAUUCCUUCGCUAUUACUGCAUCCUUUGAAGAUAAUUGGGCAAUGUGGACACUAGUGUACGAGAAGAAAAGUGAAGACACACCAGAACCUAUUACUCUCUUGAGUCUUAUGAUCGAUAUCACUAGAGAUUUGGAAAGUCAUCUCCACAAUAAUUAAAGGAUCAUCGAAGUUCGAAAAUCUCAUCUGAAAUACCUUGAUGCAUCGUUCUGAUUAUGAUAUAUCUAUUUACUUUGUCUGUGUGAUGAAUAAUAAAAAUUAUUGGUUUGUCUAAUUUGUGAAAUAAAUAGUAUUGUAUGGAAGUAUUUCUAAUUAUAAUUAGGUCAAGAUUUUAUGUACUGAUGCAAGUUUCAAAUUUACCUAUAGAGUGCCAAAAUGUAUCC